AUGGCGGAAUUAUGGGGAGAUUUUGAAGGUUUGAAGCUCUCAUUAGCUCUUGGCUACUUUAAAGUGGAGAUAAACGUUGACUCUACUACGGUGGUGGAAGCGGAUGAGAGAGGUGGUUCUAUGCAUAUUGGGUGUGUGGCGAUCCUUGAUCAGAUUAAAGUUCUUAUGAAUAAGCUUGAAGGUGUUGUUAUAGCUCACUCGAUUAGAGAAACAAAUUCACGUGUUGACAUUCUUGCUUCCGUUGGGUGUACUGUUGAGUCGGAGAUUUUGAUUUAUAAUUCGCCUCCUGUUUGUAUCUCUAGUUUAUUAGCUGAGGAUGCGUGUAGGGUGUCCUCUGCUAGGCUUUUCCCUCCUUAG